CCUCUUCCCGUCUCCAGUUCGGAGAGUACCCGUUGUCGUUUAUAAUUCCUUACGGCAACAAAUCUCGUCCGACUUCCCCGGAUUUUCUUUUUCUAUUUUGGUAGCGUACAAACAAAUCACAUUCCUUUCUGUUACCUUUGUCUAUCACCGUCCAAUCGCCGUGAUGGUUGACUGGUCACGGUGGACGACCCACCCUUAUUAUGCGCUUGUUAUCUUCAUUGUUGCAUGUGGGAGUAUCCCGAAAGGUUAUGAUGAAGGUGGCUUCAGCGCUAGUGUGAAAUUGGAAUCAUUCAAAGAGGAUUAUAACCUCAUCUCCUCCCAUUGGACCCACGAUAAGACCGGUCUCGCCAACCGCAGUGCUAAUAUCAGUUCUUUCAAUGUCCUAGGCGCGGCCUUUGGCGCGCUCUUCGCCUUGGACCUCAACGACCGCAUCGGCAGAGUCAACUCGUGGCGCCUGGCAUGUGUGGUAUGGGCAUCGGGUCUGUUCAUCCAGGUCUUCUCAUCGGGAAUCUAUGGCUUGUUACUGUUUGCGAGGAUCUGGAGCGGGCUGGGGGCCGGAGGGCUAACGGUGACUACACCGUUAUAUUUGUCUGAAAUCGCUCCCGCAAGAACUAGAGGCCUUGUGGUUAGUUGCUACAUGGUUAUAUUACUAGCUGUCUUGGCCAUGGGCUUCUUCAUCAACUACGGCGCAAACCUCCACAUGGCGCCAACCCGCACGCAAUACCGCCUCGUUCAAUCCAUCCCCCUCAUCCCCGUCGGCCUAGCCCUAAUAGCCUCAUACAUCGUCCCCGAAACCCCGCGCUACCUCGUCUCCAAACAACAACCCGACGAAGCGCGCGCCGUCCUCGCGCGCCUCCGCAACCUCCCCCAAGACGACCCCAACCUGGAAGCCGAAUUCGCCUUGAUCACCUCCCAGGUGCGCGCCAAAUCCAGCACGCUCGCCUCCAUCUCGCACUGGACAGCCUUCAAAGAAACCCAAACAAACCCCAACUACCGCCAACGCUUCUGGCUCCUAAUGGCCAUGCAAACCAUCGCCCAAUGGACCGGCGGAAACGGCAUAACCUACUACAUCUCCACCAUCUUCGAAUACGCCGGCGUGACCGGCUCCUCUACAUCCCUAAUUUCCUCCGGCGCCUACGGCAUCGUCAAACUAGUCUUCACGAUGGCCUUCACCUGGGGGCUAAUCGACCUUUUCGGUCGCCGCCGCUGCGCCCUCGCUGGCCUCUCCCUCCAGCUCGCAGCGCAUAUCUACAUGGGCGCUUACAUGGGUCUCCAGCCGGGGUCUUCGGGUAACAAGAACGCAAGCGAUGCGGCCAUCGCCUCCGUCUUCAUUUACGCGGUCGGCUGGUCCAUCGGUCUCUGUACUAUCCCGUACCUGUACGGAACGGAGAUCUUCCCGACACGAAUCCGAAACGUUAGUUAUGCGGUUAGUAUGUCGUUGCAUUGGUUUUUUCAGUUUGCGGUGGUGCGGGUUACGCCGAAUAUGUUUGCUUCGUUGGAUGUGUGGGGCGCGUAUGUUUUUUGGGCGAUUAUUUGUACCCUUGGUAUAAUUAUAUUGGGUGUUUGGAUGCCGGAGACGAAGGGCGUGCCGAUUGAGAGGAUGGGGGAUCUGUUUGAGACGCCAUGGUAUUUGCGGUGGAAGGCGAAGCCGAGGAGUGUAGAUGAGGUUGGAGAGCCGACUUUGCAGUCGAGUGGUGAUGUUAAGCAGGCGAAGCAUAAUGACGUGUCGCUUUGAGGGGAGGUGAGAGAGCCUGGUUGUUGUGGUUCGUUUCUUUUGGAUACCCUUUUGAUACAUCGUAUAUGUACGAGACCUUUAAUUAUCUCUUCUUAUAGAUAGAUUUCUUUUCUUUGUCGAUGUUGGAAGGAUUUUUGUGAACAUGUUCUAAAUACAGCAUAUACAUAUAUACAA